UUUUGUUUGUCUCAAAAAAAAAAAAAAAUAAAUAAAUAAAAAAAAGACUCGGAGACGCACAAAGCUACUUGCCGCCGAACCUUCCGUAAACCUCGUAGCCGCACUUCGUCGCCUUUUUGACUCGAUCACGACCUCGUCUCAGUGAUCGAAUCGUACUUUACAAAUUCACGCUCUUUGAUCGAACGAGCUUGAUCAGAGUCUUUUUUAAUAAACUGGAUGAAGUGACUAAUUUCGCGUUUUGAAACGACCAAACUUGGUUCUUCUGGGUUUGGAGAUUGAACAAAUUUGUGGGAUUUUGCGGGAUACUCUGACUGAUUCCGUGUGUGUGUUUUCGCGUUCUUUGUUUUGAAAUUUCUGGGCAAUGUUGGAUUUUCGGGACGGUUUUGGUGGCGGCUGAGUUAGUGUGUGUUGUGUGUGUGGGGAGGGGGCUUUAGGAAGUAGUAGUAAUUAGGGUUUGGGAAUUGGGUUAUGUUUAGGGGUAUUGUAGUGUUAGAAGAUGGGAGAGGAUUAUGAACUUGAAGAAGGAGAGAUGAAUUGUUCUUCUGAUGAAGCCGUUGUUGAUCUCUCCUACAUUGACAAGAAGCUACAGAAUGUACUUGGCCACUUCCAAAAAGAUUUUGAAGUUGGAGCCCUUAACCUGUCUGGUCCAAAUAUCUGUGACUAUGGAUCAUUUUUGCCCACUUACGAACGUUCGCUUGCUGUAUCAUCAUGUCAAAGGAGUUCUCCAGAAAAUCAUGACGUCCAAAGAUUUUCUGAUAAUUUUCACGGAAAGAAUGUGGUUCAGAAGUUUACGUCACUGCCUCCUACAUCUUGUAAACUAGUAAGUAAUCAGGAUCCUCAGAACUAUCAAACUUCAGGAUCUCUUAUGGCCCAAGCUCCUGGGAAGAAAGGAAAUGCAGGAAUACCGGGCAAUGAUUUGCCUGAUCAUAAGCCAAUUACGGUUCGGAUCAAAAUGGGUUCUGAAAUUUUGUCCCAAAAGGUUAUAGUUUCCAAGGAUCUUUGUCUCAAUGGUUCUCUAAAUUCACCACCCCGAAACAGCCAUGAUGAUAGUAGCAGACUGCUACCACAUUCAUCUAUGGAGAAGACAAGUGAAUCUCCUUCCCGCAUUCUACAGGAAAUGACUGCCAUUCCUUUCCCAGAGGAUCUACUGAUGUCGCCUCUUCCUGAUAGUCUGCUUGUUGUGAAAGAGAAGGAGAAGCAAUAUACUUUAUCAGACAACCAACCUGUGCUUAAGACAGGAAAGGAACCUUCUAAUCAGACAAAGAACAAGUUUUCGGAUGUUGUACUUUGUGAGGAAACUCCAAGUGGAAGGAGAAGGAAAGCUGACUGCGUUACUGCCACCACUUGGAAUGAGACUUCAUCAACUGGUGAGAUGAAAAGGCAAAAAGUUUUUUCCACUGGUCAGCUGGCCAGGGAGAAGUCAACUUCUGGUUUAGGUGCGGCAAGUUCUACUAUUGAUGGGUCUACAGCAAAAUGUAACUUGCAGGAAGAUAUUAAAAAAGAUGGUAAAAGUGAUCCCACACUUGCAUUUGCUAGAUCAAACAAAUUAAAGGUUGGUGGGGUGCAUGCUGUGAAGGAGAAAAAGACAUGUUUGACAAAGUUGCGACAGAAAAAUACUAAAAAUAGUUCUGGUGAUAAAUUUAUAUCAAAGAUGCCUUUCAAAGAUGCUGCAUAUAUAGGUCACAAUAGUAUGGACGUUGGGUUUGAUUUCGCGGUUGCACCUGCUUCCACCAGUCUUCACCUUGACAAUUGGGCGCAAUGUGAUAGUUGUAAGACAUGGCGACUACUUCCCCUUGGCCUGAAUACUGAGAAGCUGCCUGAUAAGUGGCUGUGUAGCAUGCAAACGUGGCUGCCUGGAAUGAACCACUGUGGUGUCAGCGAGGAAGAGACAACAAAGGCUAUCAUACACUUUCGUGCUGGUGAGGCUCAUGGUCCUGAAACUGGUGUCAAACUCCUCUCUGGUGCUAUUUAUGCUGAUAAAAGCUACCAACCAUUAACUUCUGGUUCAUUGCCAAAUCCAGUUGAAAAGAAGUCUAACAUGAAAGACUUUUCUCAAGGACUUCCAAGCAAUAUCUUGGUUGAUGCUGCAACGCCUAUGAAAAGUAGCGCACAUGUUCUUAAAAUAAAAAACUUGAAGCUGUCAGGAGAAACGCCUAAUGCUACUCAGAUAUCCACUGACUUUGGUGUGUCGCGCGAUUUUGUUCAGGAUAAGGUUGACCAGAAAGCAAAGUGGCGAUCAGCAGGUACUGAUUGUCAGAUAAAGACUAAGAAGAAAAAGGAGGGUGACAAACAAGAAAGUGAUGGUUCCAAGCAUAUCACGACUGGUGUUGGAAACAAACUCGCCAGAGAUAUGAAAGUAGAAGAAAUACAUUGGAAUCAAGAUCCGGAAUGGACUCCAGCAGAGAGAAAAACAAAGCGUCCUGACAAUGAUUUUCACACUUUGGAUGUAGAGCGAGACACAAAGAAAAGAUUACUCGCAUCUAAAAGCAAACCUGAUCACAAACGUCAACUACCAACUGCUAGUGGUUCCUUGUGUACAAAAGCUCAUGGCAGAAUCAAUACUCCAGUGAGGAAAGUAAGGUUGGUGGGUUCCAAGCAGGGUAGCGAUGGCAACAAUUUAAAAUUGUUUGCAGAUAGUGAUGAAAAAGAGCCAUCAAUGGUCAAGGCGACAAUAAAUAAGAUUUCAGUCCAGGAAUCUAAAGCAUGCCAAAGAAAUGAAUUGUUUCAGGCUGAUGGCUCUCAAGAACACCGGAAUGCUGAUGCCUCAUGUAAAUAUUUCUCUGGUGGAAGUGGGCAGAUUUCUGGGGUAGAAACAUCAAGCUCUUCGAAGGUUGUAGGAUCACAUAAAAGUGGAAGAAUGUAUGUGGAAGAAGUAAAAGCAUCUCCUCUGGGAUCAGUUUCUUCUUCCCCAGAAAGGUCAUCAUGCCCGACGAAUCGUGCAUCAGCUGCAGAGAGCUUACCUCGGAAAAAACAAAACAUGAAAUAUGGUGAUGCUGGGAGUAGAUUUUUUCAUGAUAGAAAACCCCUAUCCCAAGAAGCUAAUUGUGAAAUUUUGUCGACAACUCAUCCUAAAAACAGGAAACAGCCAAAACCAGAAGUAUGUAAACGAAACCCAAAGUUUGGUGAUUUACCGUGCACAAGUAUGAAAUCGGUCCUUAAAAAUAGAGCUGGGAUAAACAAAAUCGGUGACAUUGCUCAUGAGACUAUGGAUAGAUCCUGCCAUGCUGCGAAUGAUAUACUUCAAGAGGCUGAAAAGCUGAAAAAGCUUGCCAACUGUUUGGAGAGCUCUGGAUUUGAUUAUGAAUACAAGGAGACCAAAUUUAAAGCGUCCCUGAAAUUUCUCUUUGGAGCUUCACUUUUGGAAAUGUGCAGUACUGAUAAUGUGGAAGGGGUGACGAUGAGCCAUGUUGAAGCUUACCAUACUGCUGCAAAACUUUCAGAAAGCUGUGCCCAUCAAUAUGAAACGAGCCAAGAAAUGGCUGCAGCUGUUUUGGCCUAUAAAUGCUCAGAAGUGGCUUGCAUGAGGCUAGUGUACGGCAGAAGUUUAGGUCUGAGUGGAGAAUGGAAUGAAUUGCAAAAGAUGGUACAGAUGACUCCUCAAGGUGAAUCACCGUCGUCAUCUGCAUCUGAUGUUGAUAGUUUUAAUCAUCAAGGGGUGAUUGAUAAGUCUGCUAAAACUAAAAGAGGUCUCUCCCUUGUUGCUGGAAACCUUCUCACUGUUGCUAAAAGCCAGCUAAAUUUUCUUCCGUUAUUGGACUUUACAGAGAGCAUGAAUCUGGCAAUGGAAGCCUCAGCAAAAACUCAAAAUGCUUUUAAAGCAGUCACUGUCACUUUAGAAGAAACAAAGCAUGGAGAUUGUAUCGCUGCUAUCAAGAAAGUUGUCGAUUUCAGUUUCCAUGAUGUGGAAGCGCUUAUAAAGAUGAUUGAGGUUGCACUGGAUGCUCUAAAUUCAUCAAGAUUCGGUGGCCCAAAGUGUUGAAUCUAUUUUGUACAUAGGCUCUGGUCCUAUAAAGAAUAGAAUAGUGUUUUAGCAAGAAGAGCAACCCAGAAGCAUGGAUCUAGAUUACCUCUGGUUUUCAUGAACUUCCAUAGAAAAGUCUUAUAAUUAGGAUAGUGUUCAAGGCUGAUUACCCUUGAAUAGAUUAGGAAAGAAAGACUUGGAAAGAGGACACUAGAUAAGGAUGGAUAUAUAAGGUCUACGUUUGCACUUUGCAGUAAUUCUCAGGGUCCUGUUUCAUGUCUUUCUUCUUUUUGGUGUCCGGGUAUCCAAGACUAACUAAAGAAUAUUUAUAGAAGAGUAGCAGGAUUCUUAGAUAUAGUCAUUUCAAAGAUUGGGUAGUGAUAAGAGUUUUGACAAGACACUGCUCUAUUACCCUCUAAUCAUGUUUCAGUUCUGUUCAAAGUAUAAUUGGAAUUGAAACAUAAAUUUUUUGCGGUGAUAUAACAAGAUCAUGUGCUUAUCAGCUUCUGUCAGGUAUGUAUUCCUCUAUUUUGUCAUCUUAUUCUGCUGAGUAGCUUUCACCAAGCAAAUGAUCAGGAUAGUGGUUCUUUUUGAACACUUAUAAUAGAUUAUUGUUACACAACGUCUUUGGUUUCUAAAUUUAACAACGGAAACUUUCAAAAUUUAGCUGAUUUUGGUUUUUUGGUGCACCGCGUUUAAGUUUCAUACCAACAUGUGAGUUGUUGCGAAUUUCACCAUGUUAGUUGUUGCUCUGUUCGUCUUGAACCCAACAAAGUAGUAAGUAGCAACCUCAAGCUACUUCUGCGAUUUCUGUUUGUAUCUGUAUUCGGUUUCAUAUGGACCCAUACAAGAUGCUCUUCUGUUUUGAUAUUCCAUUUGGGGAUGUUUGGAUGCUCUUACUUCGCCAUUCGUAAACGCCCCAGUUCGGUAGACUGUAGAAACACUUCUUCUGGCCUUCUGUGUAAACAGGCUUAGCUUCAGUUUUGGCAGUGUUGUUUUUUUGUACUCUCCUGGCUUAGUUCAUGCCAAGUCACAAUGGCUAGCUUGUAUUGCUGCAUAAAGCUUUUUGCAUUGUAAAUAGUUGUUAACCACAGUCAAGUCUUUUCCCAAGUAA